GAAGAACUUAACAGACAUAUAAACAUAGUGAUCAUCAUGUCUACGCAACCAAAGCUUGGUCGGAUUUCCAGUAUCAGAGACCGAGUUGAAGACACUCUCUCUGCUCACCGUAACGAACUCAUUUCUCUCCUCUCCAGGUAUGCGGCUCAGGGGAAAGGGAUUUUGCAACCCCAUAAUUUGAUUGAUGAACUUGACAACAUCCCUGGUGAUGAUGAAGCAAUAGUGGAUCUAAAAAACGGUCCCUUUGGUGAAAUUGUCAAGCCUGCAAAGGAAGCCAUAGUUUUGCCUCCUUUUGUGGCAAUAGCAAUUCGUCCAAGACCUGGUGUUUGGGAAUAUGUCCGUGUUAAUGUCUCUGAUCUCAGCGUGGAGCAAUUAAGCAUUUUUGAAUAUCUCAGCUUCAAGGAAGAACUUGUAGAUGGAAAGAUUAAUGAGAAUUUUGUAUUGGAGCUUGAUUUUGAGCCAUUUCCUCGCCCAACCCGCUCAGCAUCCAUUGGCAAUGGUGUCCAAUUUCUUAAUCGCCACCUUUCAUCAAUUAUGUUUCACAACAAAGAUUCCUUGCAGCCCUUGCUUGAUUUCCUCCGAGUUCACAAAUACAAGGGCCAUCUGCGGGAACUUGCUUUGACUAACAUUGGUUCGAUUCACAAGCGUGCUAAUCUAUCCAAGAAAUUGUCUGUUCUUUCUCCGGAGGAGUUAAGAGAUUUUGUUUGUUGUAAGAUAAUCAAGUUCCUCCUCAUUUUAAGAAAUCAAUGUGAAAUCAAUGUCUACUUCUGGUGCAACAAUUUAAUGAUCCUGGCCCCUAUCCUCAAGAUCAGCCUAAACAAAAUUCAGUUAGAUUUACACCCACCCAGAAAUUGGAAAGUUCUAUUUGGCCACGUUGGCUUUCUGUUUUCUUUGUACUUUCUGUCAGUAGGUGCAGUUGAGGAGAGCAAGGAAAAGAGCACUUGGUUCACACAUUUUAAAAAAUUGUGGGGCCUUCCUAUUCUUCUUUUCUCUCUAGCUGCAGUUCAACUGCAGGUUGAAGCAAUCAUCUCUGGCAUUCAGCCUGGUCUAACUAUGGUUGUGGGGCCACUUGGUACAGGAAAGACUGAUCAACAAAGUGCAAUUAGGAACUAGUUUUAUUAUUAUUAUAUGACAUUUACCUACAGAAGUCCGUAGGUACAAGUAAAUUGACUUUUACCUACAGUUAGAGAUUAUAGGUGUAAAUUAAUAUCUUUUACCUACACAUUUGAAAUAGUAGGUGUUACCUAUAGUGAUAGUUAAAUUUGACUGUAGGUAAAAAUAUAUCCGUAGGUAAAGCUUAUAGUGACAGACUAUUAGUUGUCACUGUAUACCCCCUCAAAGUUGACACAAAAAACGUCUGUAGGACAAAGUCCUUUAUACAUCUACCUACGGAUUUUGGACUUCUAGUAAUAGAUUUUGACUGUAGGUAAAAGUCAUUUUCCUUGUAGUGACAUUUCACUUAUAAUAUUAAUGGUCUAGAUCUUUCCAA